GGUGGAGGUGGACGAUAUCCCUAUCCCAAGUAUGUUUGGUCGCCAGCUGGCGGCUGGUGGGUUCAACCAUCCAACUGGAAAGCGAACACAGCCAUCGUCGCUACCGGUAUCUUUGCCAUCGCUUACCUCGUCGGAUCACUGAGUGCUGCGAGAGAGCAACGCCCUGUGGCACCGAAGAAGUGGAUUCCGUCCAUGUUGUGGGCGAAACAGUUCCAGGAGGCGGAGAAAGUGUGUCGCCAAAGUUUUCCGCCGUUCAAAGCUUAUCUUCACCUAGGAAUUAUAAUAGAAGACUCCAUCCUCAAUGGCAAUGCUUUUUCUCUUGACUAA